GUUUACGCGGUGACGUGUCCCGGAACUAGACUGCCUGUCCGCAGCGUCGGUAACGUUACCUGCUGAAGACAGACUGCGUGUUGCUAAAAAAAAUUUCAGCUUAUUAAACCUAUACAGACAGUUAUUGUGUCAUAUUUACGUUAGAUUCCUUCUCAUAUUACAACUAAUGCGACACAGCAUCGCUGGUUUUUCCUCGCUGCUGUUAGCUGUCAUCAUCCUGCUGAGGACAGAUCUCACAUGAGGUUGCCGUCUGUCCACUGAAGGGAUGGCCAGUCCAAAUGAUCUACAAUUCCAAGAGUUUGAGGAAGCUGCAGAGCUGCUGUCUGCAGACCCGGGGGCCUCCACACUCAGCAUACCUGCCACAAACUCCCCCCCCACAGCAUCUGGAGGAGGAGAGGAUGUAAAACUGGACCUAUCGGAGGAUGAGGAGGGUCAGGAGGAGAGCUCAGAGCUCUUAGGAGGACAGAAACCAGCUGGCGGCUUCUGGACCUUUGAGUACUAUCAGUCUUUCUUCAAUGUGGACACGAUGCAGGUACUGGACAGAGUUAAGGGGUCAGUAAUGCCGUUACCUGGAAGAAACUUUAUUAAACACCACCUUCGGAGUAACCCAGAUCUAUACGGUCCGUUCUGGAUUUGUGUGACGCUGGUGUUCUCGGUGGUGAUCAGUGGGAACAUCUCCACGUUCCUCAGUCAGAAAGGAGACCCUACAUACCACUACAGACCACAGUUCCACAGAGUCACCAUCGCUGCAGUGGUGAUCUUCAUGUACGCCUGGCUGGUGCCCGUUGGUUUAUGGGGUUUCCUGAAAUGGAGACAAGGCACCGAGAGGCAGAUCGGAGGUUAUUCCAUCCUGGAGACUGUGUGUGUUUACGGCUACUCCCUCUUCAUCUACAUCCCCACCUCAGUUUUGUGGAUCAUUCCGCACGAUUGGGUGCACUGGACGCUGAUCCUGGUUGCCAUGGUGAUCUCCGGCUCGGUCCUCGUCCUCACCUUCUGGCCGGUCGUCCGUGACGACACCAGGGUGAUGGCGGUGGCCACGGUGGCGACCAUCGUGGUUCUGCACACGCUGCUGGCCGUCGGCUGUAAGCUCUACUUCUUCCAGACAGCACCCAUACCCAUACCGAAACCCACGAUUCAUGGAGCGCUGAACACCACCAAACCCCACUGACCUCCAGAGGAAGAGCGUCUGAUAUGUCUGGAUUAAAACUGAAACCAAGUACAAACAUUCUUUCUGAGGCGAUGUUGAUUAUUGCCGUGGUGUGAGUGCUAGUCUGCUUCCCCGAUGAAGCGCUGGAUGAGUGAGUGUGGCUCCAAUUUAUCCUGAGGUGGUUCAACGCUGACAGAAUGAACCACGUUUCUACUGUGAUGUUUCAGAAUGUAGAGCAUCCAAAGGUCUGGCAUGGCUUCCUGAACAAACACCGAAACACAAGCAGGCAAGAUGGUCACUAAACCAUUCCUAGUUAGAUAAAUCCACUGUUGGUUUGGCACAGAAGGUUCUGAUCCAAGAAAGCAUCUAGACCAGGGGUGUCCAACAUGAGGCCCGUGGUCCAAAAGUGGUCCUCCAGAGGGUCCAAUCCGGCCCUCAAAGUGUAAAAAUUACAGAGAAGACAUUAACUGCAGUUUGUAAAUUAGUAAAACUAUAAAUUUAAAAUCAUUUCUAGACCAUGACAAGUUGUUUAGAUCAUAAAGUAAAAUACUAGAUUGUUUAUUGUUCUUUUUGUCUCGUUUUUGAUGUUUUUUGUCUGAUUUUUUUCAUUUUGUCGCUUCGUAUUUUUUUUCUCUUUGCUUUGUUUCAUGUCGUUUUGUCUCAUUUUUGUCAUAUUGUGUCUGAUUUUUGUAAUAUUUUGUCCUUUUGUUUGUCCAACUUUUGUCAUUUUGAUCCUAAAGUAAAAUCUUUUGCGGUUCAGUUCCAGGUGACUAAAUGUUGUGUUCCUUUGUAGACACUCUGUGAUCUGGAAGUCGUAAUGUGGAAAUGAUAAACUGAGGCAUAAUACUGCUUAAAUUGAACUUAUUUUUCUUCAUAAAUUUCAGGAUAUUCAUGAUGUUUUGUAAAAAGAUAAUUCAUUAAAUGUGAAUAUUUUCAGAGUGAACUUCUUUGCACUAAAACAAAGUAAACAUUAGGAGUCGUGCUUAUUUCCAGGUUAUUAUUCUGUGGUUUUACUGGUCACUUUACAUCAAACUGGGCUGAAUGUGGAACCUGAACUAUGAUGAGUUUGACACCCCUGGUCUAGUCUGAACACUGUGCACUUCCUCUCCAAGUAAAACUAAAAUGCUUCUGAGUUGUUGUGACCAAAGCAGCGCAAACUCAGUUCUGUAAACAGUAAAAUGCAGCGUUUUCCGUAUCAGUCAACUGUACAGUUUAUAAAAUAGAAAAUGAUCCUGAACCUGGUAGAGAAAGGAAAGCACUUGGAGUUGACAGACGUUUUUGGUGAGCUGGAAGUUGAGAUAAUUGCAGAUGUCCACAGCAGGUCUCCCAGCAGAGGCAUCCUCACGUAAAUGUUCAGUUUGUAAUCCUGAACCAUCGUUUAGAGUUUGGACGGAUUGUGUAACAGAAGGCGUCCUGGACACACUCCUUUGGUUCCCUCAUUCCCUAAAGGCCGAAUGAGCGCUUCUUUUCUUCUCUGGCUUUUUAUUUAUGAAGUGAAUGCAAUAUGUGGCGUUAGUUUUUAUGUAAUCUGUGUGUGGAGCGCCCCCUGCUGGGAUGGAGCUGUUGUGCCGAUUAGAUAUCCAGAAUUACCUUCAUUUGUGUGUGUCGAUUGUGAAUUUGCUGACACACACGACAAGGAAAAGUCACCUUGGAGUGCUGCCCGAGUCUUUACAGUUUAUAAAAAAGUAGAAAACUGAUAUUUAGCUUCUCAAAGCCCAAAGUGACCUCUUCGGGUUACUUUACCAAAAGACGUUUGAUUAGGAAUUAAUUCAUUUACAGCAGAAUUUAAAGGAAAACACAAUGUUUUAUCAUUCUACAUUUUAAGGUCUAUCCACCUAAUUGGUUUCCUGUUAUCAUAGAAUAAUCGAAGGUGUAAACAUUAGCAGUGGCUCACAGGAAGUAGAAUUUGCCAUCAUUCGUUUUAUUAUUUUUUGCUGCACUUGUUUUUUCCAUUUUCACAUCAUAUUAGUCAAAAUGUAACCUGAGGAGGUCAAGUGUGGGGAAACUGUUCACUAAUAUAUAAUAUCUGUUUUUCCCCGGUGUGUAAAGCGCUACGUUGGUGCGACACGUCAGAACGUUACACAAAGGUCACCUCAUGACAAACUGUAGUGAUCCUCUAAACCCUCAUCUAACCCGUCAAAUCAUCCAGUAUUUGCCUGCAAAACUAAAACAUUGCUACUAGCCCUAGUUCCAAUGAACAUGGUAACGCUCUACCUGCUAAACAUCCGCAUGUUCUCCUUCUGUUAGCAUGCUGACAUUAGCUAGUUUCAUUAAUAGAGCUGCUAGAAUGACUGUAGAAGCUUCCUCGAUUAACGACGUGCAUCAAUGCAUCAAUAUUUAAUAAUUUCCAUUUAGCGAAGCCUCAAUCUCAGAUAUGCAUUAAGCAGAACAAGCCAUUCAACAUAUCUAUAGAUCAGGAUAGAAUUGGUCCAAAAUGGUUUAAAAGUUGCUCAAAAUGACUCAGGAUUUGUCCAAAAUGACAAAAAUAUUUUAAGUAAUUGUGAACCAGUUUUUGACAUUUUUUUUGGACCAAAAUGACUAAUACAUGGUUCAAAAUGACUUAAAUUGGUCCAAAAUGGUUUAAAGUAGCCCAAAAAUGAAUCAAAGUUUGUCCUGAAUGGUUCUAAAGUUGCCCAAAAUGACUCAAAUUUGGUCAGAAAUGGCUUAAAGUAGCCCAAAAAUGACUCAAUUUGUCCGAAAUAACUAAAAAAGUGGUUCAAAAUUACUUAAAUUGGUCCAAAAUGGUUUAUAGUUGCCCAAAAUGACUCAGAAUUUGUCCUGAAUGGUUCAAAAGUUGCCCAAAAUGACUCAAAAUUGGUCCUAAAUGACAAAAGCAUUUUAAGUAAUUUUGAACCAGUUUUUAUUUUUUUUGGACCAAAAUGACUAAAACAUGGUUCAAAAUGACUUAAAUUGGUCCAAAAUGGUUUAAAGUUGCCCAAAAUGACUCAAAAUUGGUCCUAAAUGGCUUAAAGUAGCCCAAAAAUGACUCAAAUUUUGUCCUGAAUGGUUCAAAAUUUCCCCAAAAUGACUCAAAAUUGGUCCAAAAUAACUAAAAAGUGGUUCAAAAUGACUUAAAAUUGGUCCAAAAUGGUUGAAAGUUGCCCAAAUUGACUCACAAUUUGUCCAAAAUUACUAUGAGCAUUAAACAAUGCAUCCAUAUUUAAUCAUUUCCAUUCAGUGAAACCUCAAUCUCAGAUAUGAAUGAAUUAGAACUUGCCGCUCAACACAUCAGUAGAUCAGGAUAGACAGUUCUUUGGUGUUUCCAUCUAACAGCUCGUUGUGUGAAGGAAGCCAUCCCAGACUGUGGAAAACAUGAAGUGAAACUGGAAAGGGACUCAUCGCCUCUCCUAAACCUUCCUGAACGGCUUCAGCCGCUUCUUUGAACAGAGGAUCUAUUGUAAAGUGAGGAAAAGGUUUAUGUCUACAGAACUAUUUAUUCUCUGCUUUGAUGCAAUUUAGAGUUUUUGUUAAUAAAACUUAGAAUCUUU